AUGCCCAGACCGUGCUUGGGGGCAAGGGCCCGAGCUUUCAAAGACACAGCAGCAGCAGCAGCAGCAGCGGGAGCUGCAGCAGCAGACGCAGCAGUAGCAGCAGGUGCAGCAGCGGAAAGCGCAGCCGCAAAGGAUGCUGCAGCAGCCGCAAAGGAUGCUGCAGCAGCCGCAGCAGCAGCAGCAUCACCAGGCAGUGCACCAGCAGACCUCCCAGCAGCAGCAGCAGCAACAGAAGCAGCAGCAGACACUGACUUUUCGUGGCUGGAAGCAGCAGCAGCAGCAGCAGCAGCAUCAGCAGAUUUGUCUAGUGAGGCCCUGCAGCAGCAGCAUUUUGACACAGCUGCAGAGCUGCUGCUGCAGCAGCAAACUUCCCCCAUUGGAGGCGCCCCUUCAGACAAUGGGGGCCCCUUGGGGGCCCCCCAGCUGAACCUGCUUCCCCCUAAGGGGGCCCUUGGGGGCCCCCCUGGGGGCCCCUCUGGGGGCCCCUCAGGGGGCCCCCCUGGGGUCCCCAUGGGGGCCCUCCAAAAGGCUACAGAUUUACAGCAGGGGCCCCUUGGGGGCCCCCCUGAGGGCUCCCCCGAGGGGCCCCCUGAAGUACCCUUUUGGUGGCCCCUUGAAGACCCUUUUGGGGGGCCCCUUGAAGAUGAUCUUGAAGGGGCCCCUGAGUACCCUUUUGGGAGGCCCCCUGAAUACUUUCUGGGGGGCCCCCCUGAGUACCCUUUUGGGGGCCCCUUUGAGUACCCAUUUGGGGGGCCCCCUGAGAACCCAUUUGGGGGGCCCCCGGGGGGGCCCCUCGAGGACUGCUUGUGGGAUCCCUCAGUAGACUUUUUUGGGGGCCCCAUUGGGGGGCCCCCUGGGGGGCCCCCUGGGGACCCCCCUGAGGGGCCCCUCGGGGGGCCCCUUAUUUUUAUUGCUUUUGAACUCUUUAUUUUAAAUUUAAAUUUAAAUUCAAAAAGGUCAAAAAGAGGAAACAAGACAUAUGAGCUUCAUGUGUACGGAUAUCUAGGGUUUAGGGUUUAG